AUGCUUGUUGUUCCACAUCAGGGUCCAGCAGAGCGAUACAAAGAAAACCUUAAAUUGCAAGAAGAAGUGGGUAAAGCUUCACGGACUGUGGAGAAACAAGAAAGACAGAUAGAGGCUUUACAGAGUCAAGUAGGAGAAAUUAAUGAGACAGGACGUUUGACAAAGGCAAAGGUUGGAACAACUUUACGAUAUUUCAAGUUUUCUUCUUUCUGAUUGGUCGCACACGCUGUUUCUUAUAAAUAGCAAGAAUGAAACUAAAAGUCCUCUUUUGUUUUUGCGCAUUCUCUGUGAAAGGAAACUUUAUUUCCUAUUCAACCAAUCUAAUAGAAAGGGUAAAAGGACGAAAUAAAAAGCAAAACAAAACAAAACAUUCUUUCAUUUUUUUUUUUUCAGAACCUAUUGAAAAGAAACUGGAAGUCUGCAUUAAUCAUACUGCUGUUCAUGACAGUAGCUGUUCUGGCAACAAUAGUAUCUGUCUACAUACCUCAAAGGUAACUGAGAUAUCGUUUAACAUGUUUUCAACAGCGCGUGCUCUUGUUGGCUGCUUUAAUGUUACCUGACCUCUAACAUUAAAACUGUUUCCCUCCAAAAGUCCCUCAACGAGAACUAUUGGAAAAACUAUGACAUCUUAGGCUACAGGGCAUUGUUACUCGCGAAUGUUGACUUCGAUUUGCCUAGUUCCUAGGCCUCAUUAUUACGCGCGGCCAAAGCGUUUCGGGUCACGUGGCUCGCGUCAGAUACGUCACUGAAGUGAAUUUACCGAGAGGGACUGGGAAAACGCCGUACAGGGAGUAGGCAAGACCGCGAUCUGGGUAGGUUCACAAGGUACUCGACGAAUUUUCGACCGGCUGAAAAUUUUGACUUGACACUUCUUUCAUUAGGAAACGUUCAAUAUUUUCGCUCUGUUUACAUGGAACUGAUGAACCAGGUUGAAUUCAGUGGUUUUACUACCUGCCUUUACCAGGAGGUCCACUUUAGCAAAUCCAAAAUGGGGUCUUCAAGCUGAACUACCGCGCAUUCGAAAUUCAUGCAUUCACGCCUUUGUCGUACAGAAAAAUAAACACCGCGCCGGUUAAAUUUGUAACCUUUCCGGCAAAAAAUGCUUUCCUUGAGCAUAAUAGGCACACCAUUUAAAUCAUCGAUAUAAUUAUAUGUCUUGGAUUGUAGAUAUUCUUCUUUCCUGGAUGAAUCGUCUAGGAAUAGAUUGCUCAAUUCCCUGAUGCCUUUUGCACAAGGAAAAGACGGCAAAUCAUUCCUAAACUUUGGUAAGAACGUGCUUGAACUGAUGAUAAACGUUCAGAUGGUAUAGUAUUGGGUAAACUAAACGAUAAAAAGGUUAUAUGGGUAAUAAAGAAAUAUAAAAUAGAAGGAUUUCUGUUUAGCUUCGCUAUAGUUUAUACAUGUUCGGUAAAAAGUGGCGGGGGGAUAUACAUUAUCUGGCCAUGAGUUCCAGUGAUCGCAUAAUGUUGGUGGAAUUGGAAUUAUCGAAUCGCUAAUAUUUUUGGCGGUAUACAAAAUUAGUAGUAGAGUAGGGAUGGAAUAAACCAUUUUUGAACGGGAAUCUCGUUGGUGAAAAGUGAAAUACAUUAACUCCGAUGUGUUUGUCUCAUUAAUAAGCUUAGGUGCUAUUUUUUAGGGGUUUCUCCAGUUUGACAGAUUUUCUAGUUAUAAUUAGGUCGGUGAAUAUCUUUGUUUUUGACUGGCUGACUAUAAUCAAAGAAACGCAUUUAGAGGUUGAUUCAUAGAGUCGAAGAAAUAAGCGCUAACUGGGAUGUGACUCAAAAUUACUAAGCCGUAAUGUAAUUAUACAAGUUAUAUUUCGUCCAACAAAUCGUUUCAGUUCCACUUGACUGAAUCAUGGUGCGCAAAUCGUUCAUAUUAAUCAGGAGAAGACAAACUAGCUUUUUCUAGCACUAAACACAAUUACGUAUUUACUCAACUCCCCACCCUGCUCCUCUACAAUUCAGUUACUUCUCUUCUCCUCAAAUUUUUAUUUUCUUUCUCUUUAAGUCGAUUGACUUGCAUAACGGUAAUUUCCGAUAGGGCAGAUACUAAAAACCCUAAGCUUAAUACUGAUAAUUACAAGACAUUCAGGCAAUAGUUUCUGACAAAAGAAAUCGCUGUAAAUUUUCCUCAAAACUUUAGCCAGUGGGUAUGGGCAAAUAAUGUGUUUUCCUUUUCUUCAGCAACACCAAGCGUUACUGCGCUUUUCGCAAACAUGCGAAUUCUGAAGUUCAAAAGCCAACUGACGUUUGCGUUUUUCGCUGCCGUCAAUCAUCUUAACGGACCUCUUAGGAAACAAAACUUUACUUUAACGGGUUCAAAAGGUCAAGGUUUGUGAUUUGUGAUUGGCGGAUUUCGAUGCGUUUUGUGUGUUUCUGUGUUUCAAGGUUUGUUGUUUGUGAUCGUAAUUAUGAUUGACGGCAGCGAAAAACGCAAUUGUGAAGGCGGCUUUGAACUUUAGAGUUCGCAUGUUUGUGAAAAGCGCAGUAAAGCUUUUCCAAGGUUGUUAUCCACUUGAGGAAAAGAUAAGACAAAGCCCUCUUGAUCGCCCCUGCCCAUGCCCUUAGAACUGUAUAACCAGUAAUCAAAAAUUCUCCAAUUUGACUGUUGUUUCCAAUUUUUUGUCUCCAAAUGACCACUUAAGGAUGGCGGUCUGACUCUCAGCUUCAAGAAUGUCAAAAUGCUUACUGGAAAAGAUCCUUCCCAGAUCUUGAUUACGCCCUCUUUGGAUACGACAUUUUAAAGGGGUAUCCACUGGCAACAGGACAUGAUCCUGGCUUUACACACCCAAUAUUCCUAACAGACUACACUCCUGAGAAGCAGACUUCUGACUGUCGCUACAGUGUUCCAGCAGGUUUGGUUGUUGUGCCUGAUGUGUCGUGUGAAACUACUUUCUCCUCCAAGAUUAUACGAAACAGACUGGAGAUGUCACAGUCCCUUGAGGCAGCCGCGAACGUUGAAGGUGCUCCUCUAAGAUAUUUCAAAUAAUUAUCCAUGAAUGAUUACUUGAAUGGUCUUUCAAUUGGCCAUGAUUUAACCCAUAUUUUAACAGUGACUCUUUAAACUUGUUUUUAAAUUCAUCCUUGUUUCAGAGGGUCGAAGGAAUAAAACUAACGAAACAGCAUCGGUAUCCAUUGCUAAGAAUCGAGAUGAUUUCUUUUGUUUCAUUUGUUACAUAUCGAAUAUGAUUUCUGAAAUAAAUUUUAAUUUAACCUAGGCUGAUUCCCCAUUUCCUUUGUCUUCUAGCUCAAAGAAACUAAGAAAACCGAUCGAGAAUCAACCUUGGUUAAAAAAAAAUUAACCUGAAAACAAAUUUAACCUGUAAAACAUUCCUCUAAUCCUCACAGCCAACAAUAAACUCCAAUAUAUCAAAAUUGGUCUAUUUAGGUCUGAAAUCACAUCAUGUGAUUCCAAAUGGAAACCGCGUAAUUAGCCCAUUCAAUUUUGAAAUCAAACGUAUGACUUCAGACCGAAUUACACUCCGUUUAGUUUAAUUUCUAUUGUAAAUGUGCAUCUCUGUUGUUCCUUUCCUCGGAGCAUUGUGAAAAGUUUUUCUUAAAAGUAGCGAUUUAAAGAUUGAACCUCUGUUAAGUUGAGCCCUUCUUUCACAUACUUAAUAUUGAGGUCUUAAAAAAAUAUAUACUUUCUGUUGCUGGCUAGCACCGCUCCUUAACUAAAAUAAACAGAUAAAGAAUCCAUAUCUUAAAAACUCAGCUAACAUUUACGGCCUGUUUGUUUGGAGCUGGGCGACCCCAGGUAGGUGAGGUAACCCGCUUUGGCACAUUUUUCAUGGCAAAAGCAAAGCAAGAUAUGAUGAAGUGUUUGUUUUAACUUUAGUCUUUUAACUCAAAUCUAAAUCAUAGAGAAACCUGGUCACCCAAGUGGCGACUAAACCAGAAUUUUUAGUCGCCAAGGAAAAAAUGUUGGUCGCAUUGGCGACCGUAUCAGUCGCAAUUUCGAGCCCUGAAAUAUUGUUCUCGAUUUUAUGCCCCCAUUUCUUCGUUGCCUAUCAAGCCAGAAUUACAUAGCAAAACUCGGAAGGUAUCAACAUGAAUCAACGUUUUUUUAGUGAAUCAAAUUUCUGUUGAUAUUAUUUGAAGAACACCUGUCAUAUUUAUAACCUAUUCAUAACAUAUAGCUUUAUAGCGCUCUAUUAAUUUUAAUAUCAAUAAUUUUAUAUCAAUACUAAAACCAUAAACUGGUGCACGUUGUCGCAGCGUGAAGUCUUAAUUAGAAUCCUAGCGCUUUUACAAAGUAAGACGUUACUUGAAACAAAAAAUUUCACAUUAAAAUGUUUAAAACAGCACUAUUCGGCUGUCCAUAUAAAUCCCUCAUUUUAAUUUGCUCACGUUUACAAGUUAGGUGGGGUGACCCGCCGCAUGUUACCUCACCUAUCUGGGGUACCCCACCUCCAUGUAAACAGGCCCUUAGACAACAUUUUCAACAAAUAGAACCCAUGUUGCCAUGCAUCUUUUCAGUAAUAGAACACAGAUGACGGCAAACGAUGGUAAGAACAAAAUAGCUUCACACGGGUCGCAUGCCGGAAGUAUGUUAGUGAUGCUAUGUCAUGUUGUUUUGAAUUCUUCUAUGAUCUGUUACUAACCGAGGCGAGGCAAAAUGAAAUGUAUUUGUUGUAUACAAUGAACAGAAAAGCAAAACGAAAAACUUACCACUUAAGGCUGGACUUUUUAAGGAUUUUUCCAGUUUAAGAAUUUUGCAUAUCGCUAAAGAGCACCUUUCAAGUCAGUGUAUUCGUUCUGGUCUUUGUAAACAGCUUCUUCUUUUAGAAAAAAACAGAAACAAAGAACAAGAUUUGCCCUUGGUAUCACAGAUUAAGUCUUCCGUGUUUAUGUACUCUACUAAGUCAUGGGGAACGAUCAAUCACAGCACGCAUCGGUAGCACCAAGCACAUUAUAGCGGAGCUCCCGCGCGCGAACGGCGCGUGGCGGAGCCCCAUUGCUAAGAUAAAUUGGUAACCUAUGAAAGCAAGAAAAUUUCGUUAUGCCGUAGCGUACGAAAGCCGACCGUCUGUACACCUAUUUCAUGUAAGCCGAUGCCAAAUGUCAGGUUAUUUUGGCGAGAAAGUGUAUGGCCACCCGCGUCUUGUGAACUAGAGACAUCUAAAGAGUCAAUAAAGACGAAAACGGAAGGCGGAAAAUGUUUUUGUAUCCGUGUUGUCUAAAGUAUUAGGUUUAGAUUAAUUGUCCUAUCCACAAAUUCGGAAAAUAGAAAAAGAGAAAGACAGAGAAAAAGAGAAAGUAAGGCGACAGGCCAGCGAAGCUCGACGAGAAAAAGAGCUAGAACGAGAUAGAAAAAACAAAGGAGACAUUUUUUGUUGGAGGAACAACAUGAAAUUUUGCAGCGGCGGUGAGAAAUGAGCGACAAUGAAAAAAAAGUGAACAAGAACACGUUCGACAUUUCCUUCAUAAAACGUGUAACCAGGAAGUUUCUGGAAGUUCUAGUUUUUAGUCGUGCAAAACAACGGCAAAGAAAUGUACAAAAAAGUGUGCUGCACGUGCAAAGUUGCUUUUUUGCUAAUUAGACUUAUUGUUUUUUUCGCCGUUCUCGUCGCCUUCGCCGCUUAGCAUUAGGGAGCUUAAGCAACUACGACGACGACGACGUCUUCAAAAAACAAUAGGUUUAAUGAUCAAAACAACAGCUCUGCACGUGCAUCACGCUUUUUAGUACAUUCCUAUGACGUCCACUGCACGACUACGACGUGAAACCUCCUAAUUUGACGUUUUAUGGAGGACGUGGACAUACGACGACAAUUUUCCUUCCUCUUUUUGAACUUGAAUAAAAUCCUUACUAAUUCAACUCCAGGAAAAGUCGCCUGCACUUGACAUAUUGAGCGGGUCGAAAUAGACGCGAUUAAGUUUGAAAGAACCCAAAUUCAUUUUUUUAGCAACGUUUUCACUACCGUCAUCGUCGUCGUUGCUUAAGGCCCCUAUUAUAUGAUUUUAUAUUGUUUGAGCAAAUUAGUAAUGGUAACAGGACUGAGUGGAGUCCAAUUCGGCCUGUAAUCAUACGAGUGAUUAACGAAAUCGGACGACCGCGUAGCGGGAGUUCGAUUUGUUUAAUCACGAGUAUGAUUACAGACCGAAUUGGACGAUACGAAGUCCUGUUACCAAUUAAUCAUAACUUUAACAAAAUUUGUGAUAUAAUAGGCUAUUUUUUAUAUCAAAACACAAGAAAUUCGAAAUUUUGUUUUGCUAGCAGUGAAAAAAAAGCCAUUUAAGCGCGCGCGUGAUGACGCGUACUGUCCAAUUACUUAGGCAUGACGCGUACUGUCCUAUUAAACUGUCCAAUUAAGGCUGAAAUCAGGGCAGUUGAUAGGCAAUCAGAUUUUACAAUUUUUUAAUAGUUAUGAUUAUAAAUAUUAUUGAGAGCUUCGCUUUUAGCCCUGCCUAAAUCUAAUUAUUAUAUACGUAACCUUAGCUUACCUUAAAAAUAGCUCCGUCCACCGAUGAGCGUGUCAGAAAUCACUCUGUUGUAAAAUAAUUAACUGUUAGAACCAACAGGCUGUUUGCUUUUACCAUAGGUGGUGGAUGGGGCUUUAAGUUUUCUGCAAGUGCAAGCUACAAAGAAUCCGUGGCACAAAUGUCGUCUGGAGAGUUCUUGUACAUAAUUUCCCAAGCGCAGUGCCGUUAUUACUUCAGCAAAAUGGACGUCACCGAUCCACCGCCAUUUCAUCCGGGUUUUGUGCGCUGGGCAAAGAGUCUGGCUAAGCCAAAUUCUAACAAAAAUGAUGUUAUUCAGUUCAUUAAAUACUACGGAACUCAUUUCGUGACGGAGGUAACAUUCGGAGCAAGAUUCACGAAAAACCACAAAGUCAGUCAAACAAAAUAUGAAGAGCUGAGAAGUAAGAAAGUAAGCGUUGAGGCGCAAGCCAGUUAUUCAGGGGCCUUUAGUGUUGGAGGAGGAUUUUCAAUGGAUAAAGAGCAGAGAUCUGCGGCUUCCAAUUUUCAGAAGUCAGUGCAAACAAGCACCAUCACUGUAGGUGCAGCCCCUCCUAGUAACGGUGAUGCCUUGACAUGGGCUUCUUCUGUCCAAGAGAAUCCGGUGCCAAUAACAUACUCCCUGUCCGCCAUCCACAACCUGUUUACUGAGAGAUAUUUCAAGCACCUUCCUGGAGUUAACAUAGGUGUUGUGAGAGAGAAGCUGAUUAAUGCAUCCACGAAUUACUGCCAGUCUUUGAAAGACCAGGGACUGGUAGAUUCGUGCGAUGACAGCAUUCAUCUGGGAACUUCUUUGCAAGGUGUUAGAGUUCGCCAAUUUGGUAAUUCUUUUAGAUUUUUUAAGAUAUUGUUUUACAAUGGCCCUUAUGGUUGAUUACGUCACACGAACAAAUUUCACCACCAAGCUUCGUUUCUCAGCAAAAUUCUUCGCAUUGUGAGUAAAUGAGCGUGGGUAUUCUUUUCAACUCCGCUUCCAUCGAAAUUUAUUUCUGCAAAACUCUGCAAUUUUAAAAUUUCAAAACGUGGCAGGGUGGUGAAAUGUUCUCAUGUGACGUAAACAUGCAUGAGGGCUAUUAAAAAGGUCAUGAUUAUUCAGUGUGUUAGGAGUGACAAACGCUGGUAAUAAUUUCUUGAACUUCUCCCAGGGGUUGAUCCGGAUUUAAAGUGAAAGGGGCGAAAACCAAAACCCAGAAAAAUCCCUGGGGUUCCGAACAAAACUCACAAAAAUCCCUGGACUAAACAUUGCCCCCCAAAAACUCCCGUGCCGAAUUUUCGACACUUGAAAUUUCCAGAAAGCAUUAAAUGCCUGAUUAAAUGAUGUAGGCCGAAAAACAAAACGUUGGAAGUUGAAUUUUUAUGCUUGCUUAUACCAGCCGAAGUUAUUAAGAACAUUCAGAUUGUUUCAACCCCCAAGAAUCCCUACUUAAAUCAAGGCACCCCAAAAAAUACUUGCCAAAUGUUCUUGCUCCAAAAAAUUCUUCGAUCAUCCCCGUCACUUGAACUUUAGAAUAUCCCCCCUGGGGAAAUUCUCCGUGUCAAUUAUGCUCUUUUUUUUUAGGCUAUAGGCAUUUGCCAAACGUAGAUGAGACUGAGUGUAGAGCUAUCUGCCUUCUGGAGGAAAAUUGCGUUGCAGUUCAGUUCACCUUCCGGAGGGGGUAUAAGCUGCUCGACACGAAAGGAAAGUUUCAAGUUCUAACCGAUAACGCAAUAUUGUCGAAGACAGUCGUGUUUCUGCCGAGACUGCAAAGAGAAAAGAAGAACUUUAUUUUGUAUCAACUCAAAGUCAAAGCAAAUCAGCCACGCCGGGGGCAAUUGAAGGCCUUUAAUAGUACACAAUGCGCUUCCUCUUGUUCAAAAGAUGCUUUUUGCCAAGCCUUUGUUAUGUGUAAACCUGAGCAAGGAAGUUGGUGUGGUAACGCUAAGGACACCGUUAACUGCCUGUUGUAUUCCAAACAGCAAAUAACAGCUGUUGAGAAAGAUAUGCAUUCGGAGAUGCAUUUUGUGUGGAAAGAUUACACUCAAGUUACGGAGACGUAA